ACAAUACAGGAUCCUUUCUGGAGUGGAGGUCUUAUGAGCUGCUAUCGAACAAGGUAGAGCCUGUUGGUGACCUGCACACAGGAGCCCUCCAGUCAGUACUGACUGAAUGACUCAAGGCUGCCUCUCUGCAAAGUUGAGCACUACAGGACGUCGGGACUGGGCACUUCCCUCCAACAUGGCCGCCACUGCUUCUCCGCAGCCACUCACCACUGAGGAUGCCGGUUCUGAGAAUACCAGCUUCUAUUACUAUGACUACCUGGAUGAGGUGGCCUUCAUGCUCUGCAGGAAGGAUGCAGUGGUGUCCUUUGGCAAAGUCUUCCUCCCAGUCUUCUAUAGCCUGAUUUUUGUGUUGGGCCUGAGCGGGAACCUCCUUCUUCUCAUGGUCUUGCUCCGGUACGUGCCUCGCAGGCGGAUGGCUGAGAUCUAUCUGCUGAAUCUGGCCAUCUCCAACCUUCUGUUUCUGGUGACACUGCCCUUCUGGGGCAUCUCCGUGGCCUGGCAUUGGGUCUUUGGGAAUUUCUUGUGCAAGACGGUGAGCACUCUUUAUACUAUUAACUUCUACAGUGGCAUCUUUUUCAUUAGCUGCAUGAGCCUGGACAAGUACCUGGAGAUCGUUCAUGCUCAGCCCUACCACAGGCUGAGGACCCGGGCCAAGAGCCUGCUCCUUGCUACCAUAGUAUGGGCUGUGUCCCUGGCCGCCUCCAUCCCUGAUAUGGUCUUUGUACAGACACAUGAAAAUCCCAAGGGUGUGUGGAACUGCCACGCGGAUUUCGGCGGGCAUGGGACCAUUUGGAAGCUCUUCCUCCGCUUCCAGCAGAACCUCCUAGGGUUUCUUCUUCCACUCCUUGCCAUGAUCUUCUUCUACUCCCGUAUUGGUUGUGUCUUGGUGAGGCUGAGGCCCGCAGGCCAGGGCCGGGCUUUAAAAAUAGCUGCAGCCCUGGUGGUGGCCUUCUUCGUGCUAUGGUUCCCAUACAAUCUCACCGUGUUUCUGCAUACGCUGUUGGACCUGCAAGUAUUCGGGAACUGUGAGGUCAGCCAGCAUCUAGACUACGCACUCCAGGUGACAGAGAGCAUCGCCUUCCUUCACUGCUGCUUUUCCCCCAUCCUGUAUGCCUUCUCCAGUCACCGCUUCCGCCGGUACCUGAAGGCUUUCCUGGCUGCCAUGCUUGGAUGGCACCUGGCACCUGGCACUGCCCAGGCCUCAUUAUCCAGCUGUUAUGAGAGCAGCAUACUUACUGCCCAAGAAGAAAUGACUGGCAUGAAUGACCUUGGGGAGAGGCAGUCUGAGAACUCCCCUAACAAGGAGGAUGUGGGGAAUAAAUCAGUCUGAGUGACCAAAUCUCGGUCUGGUGGGAACAGAUGGGAACCAGCUCAAUUGGGCGUCCACUCAAAGUGCUCUCUCCAG